CUUAAAAAGGGUGAGGAGAAGGGAGAAACUCGAAGGAAAGAGAACACAGAGAUCCGAGCGAAGCGAGCAAGGAUAAUGGCGAAAUCGAGCGCCGACGAUGAGGAGCUGCGGCGAGCCUGUGAGGCGGCAAUCGAAGGCACCAAGCAGAAGAUCGUGUUGUCGAUGCGUGUAGCCAAGAGCCGCGGGAUCUGGGGCAAAUCUGGCAAAUUAGGCCGCAAUCAUAUGGCGAAACCAAGAGUCCUCGCUCUAUCCACAAAGGCAAAGGGUCCCCAGACUAAAGCUUUCUUACAAGUCUUGAAAUAUUCAACAGGAGGUGUACUUGAGGCUGUUAAGCUUUACAAGCUGAAGCAUCUUUCAAAGGUGGAGGUUAUAACUAAUGAUCCCAGUGGUUGUACUUUUACCCUGGGAUUUGAUAACCUCAGAAGUCAGAGUGUUGCUCCACCACAAUGGACCAUGCGGAAUAUUGAUGAUAGGAACCGCUUUUUACUUUGCAUCUUAAAUAUGUGCAAAGAUUUACUUGGUCGUCUUCCCAAAGUUGUUGGUAUAGAUGUUGUGGAGAUGGCUCUAUGGGCUAAGGAAAAUACACCCACUGUUACCACUCGAAGGACUGUGCAGGAUGGUCCUGUGCAUGUUGCAGCUGCAGUAAUAGGAAGUGACCUGAAAGUCAGUGUUGAAAAGGAACUUGUCUCUCAAGCUGAGGAAGAGGACAUGGAGGCUCUUUUGGGCACUUACGUCAUGGGUAUUAGUGAGGCGGAGGCAUUUUCAGAAAGGUUGAAGAGAGAGCUUCUUGCCCUAGAAGCAGCAAAUGUGCAUGCCAUUUUGGAAAGUGAACCUCUGAUAGAUGAGGUACUGCAAGGACUUGAUGCAGCCACAAGCUGUGUUGAAGACAUGGAUGAAUGGUUAGGCAUCUUCAAUGUUAAAUUACGACACAUGAGAGAAGAUAUUGAGUCGAUAGAAACUCGCAAUAACAAACUGGAGAUGCAAUCAGUAAAUAAUAAAGCACUUAUUGAAGAACUUGAUAAGCUUCUUGAACGAAUGCGAGUCCCUUCUGAGUAUGCAGCAUCUCUGACAGGGGGAUCAUUUGAUGAGGCUCGUAUGCUUCAAAAUACUGAAGCAUGUGAGUGGUUAACUGGUGCUUUACGUGGCCUUGAAGUACCUGACUUGGAUCCUACUUAUGCAAACAUGCGAGCUGUUAAAGAGAAACGUGCAGAACUUGAAAAAUUAAAAGCUACAUUUGUCAGGAGAGCUUCAGAGUUCUUGAGAAGCUACUUUACUAGUUUGGUGGAUUUUAUGAUCAGUGACAAAAGCUACUUCUCGCAGCGGGGACAGUUAAAAAGGCCUGAUCAUGCUGACUUGCGGUAUAAAUGCAGGACAUAUGCUCGCCUUCUCCAACAUUUAAAGAGUCUUGAUAAGAAUUGUUUGGGUCCUCUGAGGAAAGCUUAUUGUAGCUCCCUUAAUUUACUUCUGCGCCGAGAGGCUCGUGAAUUUGCAAAUGAACUUCGUGCUGGUACAAAGGCGUCAAGAAAUCCAAGUGCCUGGCUUGAAGCUUCCACAGGUUCGAGUCAAAGUGGAAAUAGUGCAGAUACUUCUGCAGUUUCUGAGGCAUAUAGCAAAAUGCUGACGAUUUUUAUCCCACUCCUUGUUGAUGAGAGUUCCUUCUUUUCACAUUUCAUGUGCUUUGAGGUUCCAGCACUUGUUCCCCCAGGAGGUGGCACUAAUGGUAAUAAAAGUGGAUCCUACAAUGAUAAUGGUAGUGAUGAUGAUUUGGGCAUCAUGGACAUUGAUGACAAUGACAGCAAAUCUAGUAAAAAUUCUGCGGAUCUGGUAGCACUAAAUGAAGCUCUUCAGGAAUUGCUGGAUGGAAUCCAAGAUGACUUUUAUGCCGUGGUGGAUUGGGCAUACAAGAUUGAUCCUUUGCGAUGCAUAUCAAUGCAUGGAAUUACAGAACGCUAUCUCUCUGGUCAGAAGGCAGAUGCAGCAGGUUUUGUGCGUAUGCUGCUAGGUGAACUCGAGUCAAGAAUUUCUCAGCAGUUCACCCGUUUUGUUGAUGAAGCUUGUCACCAAAUUGAAAGAAAUGAGCGUAAUGUGCGGCAGAUGGGUGUUGUGUCUUACAUCCCUAGGUUUGCAACUCUAGCAACCCGUAUGGAGCAGUAUAUCCAGGGACAAUCUAGGGAUUUGAUUGACCAAGCAUACACCAAAUUUGUUAGCAUUAUGUUUGUGACUCUGGAGAGAAUUGCACAAACUGAUCCAAAAUAUUCAGAUAUAUUUCUUUUAGAGAACUAUGCAGCAUUUCAGAAUAGCUUGUAUGAUCUAGCUAAUGUUGUGCCUACUUUAGCCAAAUUUUAUCACCAAGCUAGUGAAGCUUAUGAGCAAGCCUGCACACGUCAUAUCAGUAUGAUAAUAUACAUGCAAUUUGAAAAACUGUUCCAGUUUGCUCGAAGGAUUGAGGAUUUGAUGUACACAAUAACACCAGAAGAGGUUUGUAAGUUGGUGAUAUUACUUAACCAUAUUCAUAGAAAUAGUGUUAUGGACAGAAUGACAUCAUACAGCUUCCCAGAAUAGUUUGAGGUCCUUAACUAAAGUUCUCAAGGAAAUGAACUCAAUAGGAACUGGAUUGUCCUUGUAGCGUCAAGCACGUCCCAUUUCUUAGGCAUGUUUGGGCGAUUGUGUUAAUGGAAAUUUGUUAAUCAAUGCCCCAUAUUUGUUGGGAAGCACGUAACAUUCUGGGGCCGUGCACUCCAUCAAAUUCACAUGGGCCCUACAUGACUAGAUGACUAGAAUGGAAGGAGAAGAGAAUGGUAGUGAAAUGGAUACCUUCUUUUUUCAUUUUAACUCAAUGGUUAUAGGCUGUGGUUGUAACAGUGAGUGAAAUUACAUUAUUAAGUACCGUAUGAGGCUGACAAUGGGUAAGGAAAUCCACUAACGAGCCUAACAUUAAUGCCAUUGUACAUCCGUGCAGAUUCAUGGAUUUUGGUUGGUUAACUGUUAACCGGAUGAAUAUUGUGGCUUAUUAAGUUGAUCUCUUCAUGCUACAGAUACCUUUCCAACUUGGUUUGUCUAAAAUGGAUCUCCGGAAGAUGUUAAAAGCCAGUUUAUCAGCGGUAGACAAGUCCAUCGCAGCAAUGUAUAAGAAGUUGCAGAAGAACUUGACAUCUGAAGAACUGCUACCUUCUCUGUGGGAGAAAUGCAAGAGGGAAUUUCUGGAGAAGUAUGAUAGCUUUGCCCAACUAGUUGCGAAAAUUUAUCCCACUGAAAACAUUACCUCUGUGGAAGAAAUGAGAGAGCUUCUUGCUACCAUGUAGAGAGAAAUUUUUUCCAAUGUAACAUUUUUAUCUUUCCUUUGAGUGGAGAGCUGUGUUUUUGGCAGCUGUAAUUAUUAUUAUUAUUAUUAUGGGGUUUUCUUCCCCUCUGCUAAUAUGAUACAACUCCUUUCAGAUUAAGAGAGGGAAACACUGUUCCUUUUCCAUUUAUCUUUUUUAUAAAAAAAAAAUAAUUUU